GCCGGUCGAAGCGCUGCGGAAGUGCGCGUUCGGUUCCGCUUUUACCUGGUUUUAACUGUCGAUUCAGGCUGUGAGCUCGAAAGCGAAAGUGUCUCAUCAUUCUGAUGGAGUUAUGGCACCUUCUCUAGUAUAUGAAAUAAUAAGAGCGGUGUGAUAAACAGCAGGCUGUAGGGCAGGGUAACCUAUCAAAAUUUUCUUUAUUUAUUGAUUUAAGGAAAAUAAUGUAUUUAUUAAGUCGUUUGCAGCAGGAACACAGGUUAGGGGAGUUGUGUGUUUGGAUUAUGAUAUGAAGCUUUUCCAGAGACACACAUAUUUAAUUUCUGCAGCAGUGUUUGUCUCGGUUUCGUUUCUCCUUGCGCACUCCCUUCUGUGUGUGUGACGCUCGGCCCGCCUCUCCAAAGCUGACUCUUACUCUGGUACAAGGAAACUCCCACUCUGGACAUAUGGAGAAUGAGGCAGAAGCUGCGAGAAGUCCCUCCGGUGACAGGAAACCAGCAGAAGCUAACAUGGGUAUACCAAGGAUGGAGGUGGAAAAGAUCUUCCAGGGUCAACAAGGCGUUGGAUCAAAGCAGGUGGAGAAGGAGGAUGAACAGCAGGGGCUGGAGGGCAUGGCAACCCAAGAUGAAGGCGCAAGCAAAUCUCUUCGGGGACAAACUUCACAUUGUCCUCCCACACAAAAUGCAUCUUCUCACUGUCCAAACCCAGAGGUUGAGUAUUUUCUGGGUGAACCCUUCCACUGUGAGACAGAGGACAGGGACAGGCUCACUGUGCUCACCUGGAACCUUGAUGGGCUGGACUUUGAAGACCUCAAAAAACGCAUUGGCGGGUUGUUCUCCAACAUCAAAAAAUACCGCCCAGAUGUCAUCCUCUUGCAGGAACUUAUUGAUCCCUAUCUGAGAAUCCUGAAGAAACAUUUUGUUAAUUAUGAGUUUCUUAAAGGAAGUGAGCUCUUUUACUUCACUGGCAUCAUGCUGAGAAAAUCUCGAGUGCAACUCCUGCAGAGCCACAUUGUCAAUUACCCGACAACAGAGAUGGGGAGGAACCUGCUCAUGGCAAACGUGAACUUCUUUGGCCGUGAGCUCUGUGUGAUGACCUCCCACCUGGAGAGCUGCAGGGCCAACUCUCAGGAGCGCCUCAACCAGCUGAGGAGGAUGUGGAAGAGGAUGAAGGAGGCACCGGAUAACGUCACCGUCAUAUUUGGCGGCGACACCAACCUGAGAGACUGGGAGAUUAAGAAGUUGGGAGGUCUUCCUCAAGGCAUUUCUGAUGUCUGGGAGGACCUCGGGAGCCCGGAGGACUGCAGGUACACGUGGGACACCACGACCAAUGACAACAAAGAAAUUCUUAACGAUGUGCGGCUUCGCUUCGACCGUGUUUUCCUGCGAGCGGCCAGGGAUGGAGCCAAGAUGGUCCCAGAGAGCAUGAGCCUCGUUGGACUGGAGAGACUCAAGUGUGGAUUCUUCACCAGUGACCACUGGGGCAUCCUGUGCACCUUCGCUGUCCCGCCUCAAGACACUUUAAACAACAUCAGAGGCUGCAGUUCCUUCAGUGUGAGGAAACCUGUGGAGACUGACAUAGAUGAAGGCCUGAGUUCCAAAGGACCAAGGUCAGAGGUAGACAAACAAUUCCGGGGUCAACCUAGGGUUGGAAUAAAGAAGGUGGAGGAGGAGGAGAUGCUGUCUGAAAUCAGGAAUGUGAAGAAAAUCAAGGUGCAAAUGAGGCCAAAGGACAUACCCACCCAAGAUGAGAAACCAUGCAAGUCACUUCAGGGACAACCGCCACCUGGUCCUUCCCCACAGCAGGAGACUACCAAGGGGCCAGUUGUCCAGAGGCAGUUUUGUGGAGGUCGGUCUUUCCAGGAUGAGUUGCACCACGAUUUCUCCCCUGAGGGUCCAAUCCCACAUGUUGAGUCUCUCCAGGGUCAACCUCUUGAGAAAGACAUGAAGGACCAGGACAGGCUAUCAGUGUUGACCUGGAACCUUGAUGGGGUGGACACUGAAGACAUCAGAAUGCAUGUCCAUGGGUUAACCUCCAACAUCAAGAAGUACCAUCCAGAUGUCAUUCUGCUUCAGGAACUUAUCCCAUCAUAUCUGAGAACCCUGAAGGAACGUUUAGUAAAUUAUGACUUUCUUCAAGGAAGCGAAGUUGCGUAUUUCACUGGCAUCAUGCUGAGGAAGUCUCGAGUGCAGCUGCUGCAGAGCAACAUCGUGAAGUACCCAACAACGGAGAUGGGGAGGAACUUGCUCAUGGCCAAUGUGAACUUCUUUGGCCGUGAGCUCUGUGUGAUGACCUCCCACCUGGAGAGCUGCAGGGCCAACUCUCAGGAGCGCCUCAACCAGCUGAGGAGGAUGUGGAAGAGGAUGAAGGAGGCACCGGAUAACGUCACCGUCAUAUUUGGCGGCGACACCAACCUGAGAGACUGGGAGGUUCAGAAGUUGGGAGGUCUUCCUCAAGGCAUUUCUGAUGUCUGGGAGGACCUCGGGAGCCCGGAGGACUGCAGGUACACGUGGGACACCACGACCAAUGACAACAGAGAAAUUCCCCACCGGGUACAGCUCCGCUUCGACCGCUUUUUCCUGCGGGCGGCCAGGGACGGCGCCCAGAUGGUCCCGGAGAGCAUGAGCCUCAUUGGACCGGAGAGACUCCGGUGCGGACGCUUCAUUAGUGACCACUGGGGCAUCCUGUGCUCCUUCGCUGUCCAACCGCAGUGACCUGUCACUGUGAUGCUAGAAGACGGACAACUUAUGAACACGGUUACUUUACCUUCCCUCCUGUGUAAAGUCACCCCAAGAAGUAAAGCGGGUGCCAAGUCUUACGCUAAUUUGAUGUUAUUAUUUUAGUUAUUUUUAUUGUCGAUAAUAUUUCAAUCCUUAGGAAUUAGUGCACUAGAGUUGGAGAGAUGCAAUGCUGUGUUGCACUGCAUGGUACAUUAUGGAUAUGUGCUUUAAGAGCAAUGAGACCUCUAUAAAGUGCAUUAUUACCACAAUACACACAGUAAAAUACUUUCCCUCCAAAACACAAGUUCAACAUAAAAUAAAUCACAAUUUCCAGAAUAAAACACCAGGAUUUGAGAUAACAUUGACAAAAAAAACCACUUAAGACAGAAGUUAUGAUUAUGUUACACUGUUAUAACACCUUUGGACUAUUUUCGAAAAGGUUUAAGGAGAAACUAAAAUAUAAAAAUAUGUUCCCUUCCUCUCAGCCAACGUAUACAGGCAGUUUAUACGUUUCAUUCACAUGUUUCAGAAGCAUUUCUGUGCACUCUCAUUGGCUGCGUAGUAUUGAUGGACGUGUCGCUCCUCCUAUCGGAUCUUGCGAUGCUCCUGUACAGCGCUGGUUGGUUCUCUGUGGGAAAAGGCGACGGAAGAGGGUGGGGAAAUUGAAAAGGCAACCUACAGCGUAAUAAUCGAGCAGCAAACAUGAUCAUUUUGCACACGGUGCCACUUAAUGUUUUUCACACAUUUUUGGGGGUCUAGGUUAGACUAAAGUGGCAUUAUAUUAUUACCUUUGAAUUUUUCUCAUGAUGCCCUGCAGUUUCAUCCUCCCCUCCAUAGGGGGGCGCUCUAAGCACAGCGCAGUUUCUCCCUCCUAUGGCUCAGUUACAAACGCUUAACAGUUUGCGGUGACCUCUAAAAAGCUGAUAUAUGUCUGCAAAACACAGAAACACACACAGCAGUCUGGAAUCUAAGGGCAGUCUAGGGAUAAUGGCAUGUCCAUCCUGUAGCAUACUGACCUGACCUGAUAUUCUCUAUAAUAAUAAGAAUAAUAAUAUCAUCUUGCGGUAUGACCAUCCUCAGCCAGCUCUGUGGUCUUUUUUCUGGCAGUUACUUAUGUCAUUAAUGUUGUUUUUUUAUUUAAACACUAAAUCCUUGGAAUCAAUACAAAAUAAGAGCAACAAACGCACAGGAAUAUGUUCACUGUUUUUCGUGUGUUAAUGGGAUUCAUUAAAGAUUAAUUAUAUUUUCCAUGUAACUGAUUGCAGUUGUGCUGUAUAAAUCUCAGAGCUGAGGGAAGCGAAGUCUUGUUCGGGAAUCGUUUCUAUUGCGCUCCAAAGAGACAGAUAACUUCAGAAGUAAAGAACCUCAGAUCAG